AUGCUGAAAGACUUCAUUACAAGGAAUGAUGCUACUAUUCAGAGUCAAUCAGCAUCAAUAAAGAACUUGGAGAAUCAAGUAGGGCAGUUAGCUGAUGCCAUGAGGAGCAGACCUGUAGGCACACUGCCUAGCAACACUGAAAAUCCAAGGGGAGAAGGAAAAGAGCAGAUCAAGGCUAUAGCAUUAAGGAAUGGAAAGGCUGUAGAUGAACCAGACCAUAUUAAAGACUACCACAAGAUGAAGGAGUCAGAAGGCCAGAACGAAGUAGAGCAGGUUGUUGUGGAAGAAGAAAUUGGAGAGCAACAGGUUGACAAACAGACCAAAAGUCCAGAACAGAAUGCUGCAGUAAGAAAGCAGCAUAGUCAGCCUGCUGACAAAGCAAGUAGACCACCACCUCCUUUUCCUCAGAGGCUUCAUAAGCAGCAAGAUGACAAGCAAUUCAAAAGGUUCAUGGACGUGCUGAAGCAAUUACAUAUCAAUGUUCCAUUGGUAGAGGCUCUUGAACAGAUGCCUAGCUAUGCAAAGUUCAUGAAAGACAUUUUGUCAAGAAAAAAGGGAGUCAAGGAAUAUGAGACAGUAGCUCUCACUCAAGAAAGUAACAGGUUCUUGAACAAGUUACCACCUAAAUUGAAGGAUCCAGGGAUUUUCACAAUCCCUUGCUCAAUUGGUAACACCUAUGUUGGGCAGGCACUAUGUGAUCUUGGUGCAUCCAUCAAUCUUAUGCCCAAGAGUAUUUUCACCAAACUGGGAAUUGGAGAAGCACGUCCAACCACUGUCACCCUACAGCUUGCUGACAGAUCCAUCACUUACCCAGAAGGAAUAAUUGAAUAUGUGUUAGUAAGAGUGGAUAAAUUUAUAUUUCCUGCUGACUUCAUUGUUCUUGCUUUUGAAGCAGAUAGGGAGGUACCUUUGCUCUUAGGUAGACCAUUCCUAGCUACUGGAAGAACUCUUAUUGAUGUUGAAAAAGGAGCUCUGACUAUGAGAGUCAAUAAUGAGCAGAUAACUUUCAAUGUGUUAAAUGCCUUGAAGUAUCCAAGUCAAAAGAAGGAGUGUGCUGCAAUAAAAGAUGCUGAUGAAGAGCUGCUACAGCAACAGGAGACAGAAAUUGAGAAGGAGCCCUUAGAAGUUGCUAUAGCAGAAGAAGGUGCAAUUGAUGAAGAGGAGGUAGAAGCAUGUCUAGCUUGGAUUGAUGCCCAACCAGUGAUGCCAUUCAGAGCAAGACACUUUGAAUCUCUGAACUUGCCAGGAAGAAAGACUCAACCACCAAAGCCUUCAGCUGAGGAACCACCAGUGCUAGAACUUAAGCCACUGCCUGAUCAUUUGAGAUAUGCAUACUUGGAAAAAAAAUGA